AUGAAGUUGAAGUUUACAACUUUUGAUAUCAAGGUGUUGGUGGAUGAGCUUUCAAAUAAGCUGGCUGGUAUGAGAGUGAAUAAUGUUUAUGAUGUGGACUCAAAAACAUUCCUCAUCAAAUUGAACAAAACUGAUGAGAAGGCAGUUUUGCUGCUUGAAUCUGGCAUCAGGCUGCAUUGCACAGAUUUUGAGUGGCCAAAAAACAUCAUGCCAUCUGGUUUUGCCAUGAAAAUGCGAAAACACUUAAAAGGUCGUAGAUUGGAGUUUGUUAAGCAGCUUGGAGUUGAUAGGAUUGUUGACAUGCAGUUUGGCUCCGGAGAAGCCGCUUAUCACAUUAUCCUGGAAAUGUAUGAUAGAGGUAACAUAGUGUUGACGGACUUUGAAUACAACAUACUGAACAUACAAAGACCUCGUACGGACAACAGCCAGGAUGUCAAGUUUGUUGUCAGAGAGAAGUAUCCAUUACAACUCGCCAAGCAACAGCAAGAACCUGUCACUCUGGAAAAACUGCAAGCUAUUCUGUCAAAUUCAAAGAUGGGUGACAAUUUGAAGAAAAUAUUGAAUCCACACACUGUGUAUGGAGGGCACAUAAUUGAACAUUGUCUACUUGACGUUGGCAUACCACCAAAUGCAAAAUUGGGACAUGAAUUCCACGUUGAGAAUGGUCUUCUAUCAAAUAUUAUCAUACAGAAACUGAUUUACAUAUUUAAAUUUUUAAAUUAUUAUUCAAUGAAAGGCUACAUAAUUACCACGAAGGAAGAGAAAACGUUCAAAAAAGAUGAAGACGAUCACGUUGUUAUAUAUUCAGAGUUUCAUCCAGUUUUAUUCAACCAGCACAAAGACAAAUCAUUCAUAGAAUUCCAAACUUUUGAUCAGGCCAUUGAUGAAUUUUUUUCAAAACUUGAAACUCAAAAGCAAGAUAGAAAACUGCUGCAACAGGAGAACACAGCGUUGAAGAAAUUGGAGCAUAUAAAAUCUGAUCACGUGAGCAGAGUGCAAGGAUUGAAGGAGGAACAGAUGGAAGACAUGAGGAGAGCUCGACUCAUCCAACUCAACCUGCCAAUGGUAGACCAGGCCAUAACAUUAAUUCGUCAUGCCCUCGCCCAGCAAGUCGAUUGGACAACCCUGACACAAAUGGUGGAAGAGGCGGCCACUGAUAAUCAAGUCCUCGCUUCCAUCAAGGCCCUCAAACUGGACGUCAACCACAUCACCAUGCUUCUCAAGCCUCCCCAGCACAUGAAUGAGGAUGGUGACGUUGAUGAAGAUGUUGACAUGAACUCCUAUUUAUCAAAUGUAACUGAAGAUGACCUCGCUUUGAAACCAAUGAAAAUCGACAUUGAUUUGAACUGGUCUGCUUAUGCUAAUGCUCGCAGAUACUUUGAUAUGAAACGACAAGCUGCUUUGAAGGAGCUCAAGACACUGGAUGCUUCAACAAAGGCUUACAAGUCAGCAGAGAAAAAGACGAUGCAAACAUUGAAGGAAGUGCAAAAAGUGGCCACCAUCAUCAAAUCAAGAAAAACACAUUGGUUUGAGAAGUUUCUCUGGUUCAUAAGCUCUGAAAAUUAUGUUGUCAUAGGAGGUAGGGACCAACAACAAAAUGAGUUCAUUGUCAAAAAGUACCUUAAAUCUGGUGACAUAUACGUUCAUGCUGAUCUGCAUGGAGCAAGCAGUGUCAUCAUUAAAAAUCCUACUGGUGAACCAGUGCCGCCGGUGACAUUAAACGAAGCAGGCUGCAUGGCUCUCUGCAACAGUGUGGCCUGGGAAGCCCGAGUGGUGACCAGCUCUUGGUGGGUUUACCAUCACCAGGUCUCCAAGACAGCACCCACUGGCGAGUACCUCACCACUGGAAGUUUCAUGAUCAGAGGAAAAAAGAAUUAUCUUCCUCCCUCGAAUCUUAUUUAUGGAUUCGCAUUUUUGUUCAAGGUUGAUGAAUCGUGCAUGCACCUACACAGGAAUGAGAGAAGGGUCAAAGGCCAAAUGGAUGAGUCAGCAGAGGGGUCAGUUGUUACGUCAGAGGAUGUCGAACUUUUAGAUGAAAAUGAUGACGACGAUGAUGAUGAUGAGGAUGAUCAUCAUCAUCAUCUUGAUGAGGAUAACUCUACGAAACUGGAUGAAGAGAAAGAUGUUAACAAUAACAAAAAUGAGGAAGAUAGGGGUGAAGGCGAUGGAAAUGAUGAGGAAGAUGAAGAAGAGGAGGAAGACGAUGAAGAAGAAAGAGAUGACGAUGACAAAGAUGAUAAUAAAAAUGAAACUGCCUAUGAUAUUGGAUAUCCUGACACGCAGAUUAAAUACCAUUUUGAAGAUGAGUUGGAUGCUCAUGACGCUGAUAAACAAGAUCGCUUGAAUAGUUCGAAUGUGGAACAGAAGAGAACUGCAAAACUAAGUGCCAAACAGAGAAGGUGCGUAACCAUUAAAAUCAUGUUUGAAUUUCGGCAGGAAGCUGGCGAACCCAAGCAAGCACAACCAAACGAUGCUCCUAACAAUAAUGCUAAUAAGCAGGGACCUUUGAAAAGAGGGCAAAAGAGCAAAUUAAAAAAGAUGAAGAAGAAGUAUGGAGAUCAGGAUGAAGAGGAGAGAGAGAUGAGGAUGUUUUUGUUGGCGUCUAGCAAGGGACCAAACGAAGAAAAAUUAAAAAAGAAGCAGAAGAAAAAUACGCAAACAGCAAAUGUGAAGAAAGCAUCCAACAAAGUACAGGCAUCAUCGUCAUCUCACCUAACCACCAGUGAACAAAAUGAACAAAAUACGAUUAGCGUGCCGGUAGGCCAGGAAGCUGGUGUUCUCAAGUUGGAUGGUUGUUAUCCUUAUCGUUGUUUUUUUCAUUCAAAUCAACAAAACCCGAAUGGUCAGGAGUUGAAUUUGUUGGAUUCGUUGACUGGAACGACCCAUGCCGACGACAUCCUGCUCUAUUGUCUUCCUGUCUGUGCUCCAUACAACGCCAUCACCAACUACAAGUUUAAAGUCAAGUUAACACCUGGAACUACAAAACGAGGGAAAGCUGCCAAGAUGGCGAUUGCGAUGUUCAUGCAAGACAAAGCAACGUCAAAGAUGGAAAAGGAUCUUUUGAAGAGUGUGAAGGACACUGAUCUCUCGAGGAACAUGCCAGGAAAAGUUAAAGUUUCAGCGACAAAACAUUUGACAAAACACAAAAAAUAG